UGUAAGGUUUUCGCAAUCUAUCGUUGUGGCCACUGAGCAUGUUAAUUGAUAUGCACGACGACUGCGAGAGUUCAUGUAGAAAUUGAAUUGAUAUUUCAGGCAAUUUUUUUUUUUAAUUUCCUCUUUCCAUUUAUCGUUCAACGAGAUUUUGUCGCGUUAUUAUUAUUAUUAUUAUUAUUAUUAUUAUUAUUAUUAUUAUUAUUAUUAUUAUUAUUAUUAUUAGUGCAUUCGGUGUGGAGCCAAACCGAGAUGUCGUGUGUUGAAUGUGUUUGAAGACACAUGGCGGCGGCUACAGGGUUACUUAAUAAGCCCCUGUUGGUGGAUUUUUUUAUGAAUUGGUCCAUAUCUCUUAAAUUGAGCAUUUGCUGCGAAAUUUGAAGAUUCAAUUAUUCAACGUUCCAGAAGAGUUCUUUGUUUCCAUUUAUAUAUAGCACCUGGAAUUGGCUUUGGAGUUCUUAUACUUGGUUUUGAAUUCUGGAUUUUGGAUUGUGUUCUGCUCAGUUUUGUUAAGGAGAAAGUGUGCUUAGGAAUUUCUGGUAUUAUUUAUUAUUAGCGUGCUUGGUUCCACAUUCCAGACGCCCCAGACGUGGUUUUUGGCGUCUAGUAAGAAGCUAAUAGUUAUAACUUUCACAUCUCAGACGAGGUUGUUGACGUUUAAUAAGAAGCUAAUUAAUUAUAGCUUUCACGUCCCAGUCGUGAUUUCUUGCUUCUCAACAGAGAAUUGAGUUGAUGGGGGGUAACAAUUCCAAGGAGGAUAGCAAUUGGAGGCAGAAUUCACCUGUGCGUUCAAGUUCUUCUGCGUCUUCUUGGGGUUCAUAUCCUGACCCCAACUCGGGUUAUGGUCAGGGGGGUUACACUUAUGAGCAGCAACAGCCUUCUUAUCCUACACAGCAACAAUAUUAUGCCCAGCCGCCACCUCCACUGCCACAAAACUAUGGCUAUGAACCUCAGCCUCAUGCUAGUGGCAGAGUGGCCAGCCAUAGAAAUGAAAAGCGGUUAGACAGGAAGUACUCGAGAAUUGCAGAUAACUACAAUUCCAUAGACGAGGUGACUGAGGCUCUUGCUCAUGCGGGCCUUGAGUCUUCAAAUCUUAUUCUUGGUAUUGAUUUCACUAAGAGCAAUGAGUGGACAGGAAAGCAUUCCUUUAACAGAAAAAGUUUGCAUCACAUUGGGAAUGGUCCAAACCCCUAUGAACAAGCAAUAUCAAUUAUUGGGAAAACCUUGGCUGCAUUUGAUGAGGAUAACUUGAUUCCUUGUUUUGGAUUCGGGGAUGCAUCAACACAUGAUCAAGAUGUCUUCAGUUUCUAUCCAGAUGAACGAUUUUGCAAUGGAUUUGAAGAAGUGUUGAGUCAGUAUAGGGAAAUUGUUCCUAAUAUUCGACUUGCAGGUCCUACUUCAUUUGCACCAAUUGUUGAAAUGGCCAUGACAAUAGUUGAGCAGAGUGGAGGCCAGUACCAUGUUUUGGUGAUAGUUGCAGACGGCCAGGUAACAAGAAGCAUUGACACUGAGCGUGGGAGGCUAAGUCCACAGGAGCAGAGGACUGUGGAUGCCAUUGUUGAGGCCAGUAAAUUUCCUCUUUCAAUCAUAUUGGUUGGUGUUGGGGAUGGUCCUUGGGACAUGAUGAAGGAGUUUGAUGACAAUAUUCCAGCUCGGGCCUUUGAUAAUUUUCAGUUUGUGAAUUUCACGGAAAUUAUGUCAAAGAAUAUUCCUCCUUCUCGAAAAGAAGCAGCAUUUGCACUUGCAGCACUGAUGGAAAUUCCUUCUCAGUAUAAGGCAGCAAUAGAGCUUAAUCUCUUGGGUAGUCGAAACGCCAAUGCUCCUCAGAGAGUUGCCCUCCCAACACCAUCAUAUGGUUCAGCAUCUAUGGGCACUUCAAAACCAUAUGGUUCAGCAUCUUUCGGCGCUUCAAAACCUUAUGGUUCAGCAUCUUUUGAUGCCCCAAAACCUUUUGGCAGUUCAAAACCUUCUCAUCCUGCUAACUUUGAGCAGAGUGCCCCUUCUUAUUAUGACAACAGGGACCUAGUUGGCACAGCUCCUCCUGCCCCAAGUUCCACAUAUGACAAUCAGCUUUGCCCCAUAUGUCUGACCAAUUCAAAAGACAUGGCCUUCGGAUGUGGACAUCAGACAUGUUGUGAAUGUGGACAAGAUCUUCAGUCGUGUCCCAUCUGUAGAAGCCCCAUUAACACCAGAAUUAAGCUUUACUAGGAGGCAUCUUCCGUUGUGAAUUAACUAUUUUGUGGUGUAAGCUAAAUUCUUUGAUUUUUUUUAAUUUUUAUCUUCUCUGGUUGUAUACAACGUUAGAUCAGCUCUGUUUCUAUUGAUGAAAAAUGGUGCAAUAAAAAAAAUCCAAACCAAUUAAAUUAUUUGGUUUUAUUUGGUUUGGACUUGUA